AUGCUGUGCUCCAUAAGCGGCACCGUGCCGGAGGUGCCCGUGGUGUCGAAGAAGUCGGGCCACCUGUACGAGAAGCGCCUGAUUCUCAAGGUUAUCAAGGAGACGGGGCGGGACCCUGUGACCAGCGAGGCGCUGGGCGAGGAUGACCUUCUCGAGCUGACCAGCAGCCAGGCGGUGAAGCCGCGCCCCACCCCCGCCACUAGCAUCCCAGGCCUGCUCAGCCUCUUCCAAAAUGAGUGGGACUCCACGAUGCUGGAGGUUCACCAGUUGCGGCAGAGCCUCAACACUGUGCGGCAAGAGCUGAGCCAUGCGCUCUACCAGCACGACGCGGCCUGCAGGGUCAUUGCGCGACUGAUGCGGGAGCGGGACGCGUACCGGCAGCAGCUAGAGGAGGCGCAGCGUGCGGCGCCAGAGGGCGCCGCCAAUGGCAAGCGCGGCGCCGAAGAGGCGGCGGAGGGCGCGGCCAAGAAGGCCAAGGCAGGCAUCACUCCAGACAUCGCCGAGAAGCUGACCGCCUGCAGCAACGAGCUGUCCAAGGGGCGCAAGAAGCGCGCAAUCAGCGCCACGGUCGCCACCCCAGAUGACCUGGCUGCCUUUGCGCUGCAGAGCUCGCACCCGCUGCACAAGACCAGCAAGGGCGGCAUCCUGGCUCUGGACCUGAGCCCAGCUGGCGAGGAGGUGGUGGCUACCGCAGGCGGCGACGCUACUGUGCAGGUGUACGACUGCAAGGCCGAGCGCUUCCUGGCCUCGCUGACGGGGCACUCCAAGAAAGUGCACGACGUCAAGUUUGUGGGCAGCCAGGAGGUGCUGGCCUCGGCCUCAGCCGACAAGACCACCAAGCUGUGGCGGGCGGCGGGCGAGGGCUACGACGACCAGGCGGGCGAGGUGGUGUCUGUGUGCGUGCACCCCACCAAUGACUUCCUGCUCACCGCCGCCGGAGACGGCUCGUGGGCUUUCUACGAUGUGGCGGCGGCGCAGUGCGUCACGCAGGCACGUGCGGCUUUUUUUGUGGGGCGGGUGGCGGACGAGGCGGCGGGCGCGGGGUACAGCUGCGCGGCGCUCCACCCAGACGGUCUCAUCCUGUGCACCGGCACCGCCAACGCCGCUGUGCGCAUCUGGGAGACGCGCACCCAAAAGAAUGUGGCCAAGUUUGACGGGCACGAGGGCCGCAUCAACGGCAUCAGCUUCUCCGAGAACGGGUACUACAUGGCCACCUGCGCCGCCGACGGCGUCAAGCUUUGGGACCUGCGCAAGCUGCGCAACUUCAAGUCGCUGGCGCCGUACGAGGAGGGCACCCCCACCGCCGCCGUCGCCUUUGACCACUCGGGCCUGUACCUGGGCGUGGGAGGCGCGGACGCGCGGAUCUAUGGCGUGAAGCAGGACUGGGGGGUGGUGAAGGAGUUUGCGGAUGUGCCCAAGAAGGGCGUGCACGCGCUGCGGUUUGGCGCCGACGCCCGCAGCCUGCUGGUGGGCGCUGCCGACCACAACCUGCGCGUCUUUGCCCAGCCCCAGUGA